AUGACGUCCCCACCACCCGACCCACUGCACCUCCCCAACGAGGUCCUCGCCGCCAUAGUCGACGCCGCAGCCGCCGACCAGCCAACACUCGCGGCCCUCAUGCGCGUGUGCAAGGUGACGUACACGCUCGCCGCGCCGCGCCUCUACCACGACCUGUCCAUCACGGACCGUAACCUGCCGAGCGUGUUCACCGGCCUGCUCGACGGCGCAGGCGGCGAGUGGUCGUCCCAGUCGUCGAGGGAAGCGUCCCCUGAGCUCCUCGUGGAACAAUACCCCUCGCUCGAGAGCGACAAGCGCAAGCGCGCCCUCCUCGCCCAUACGACCGCCCUCCGCGUCCUCGGCGUGCCCGACCCCGACCCAAAGCGCCUCGUCCCUUGCCCCAUCAACAGAGGCGUGUUCCCCGCCAUCCGGACGGUCGUGGUAUCGACGCUUAUCCCUUACCACACCAAGCGGCCAAAGGUGGCCUAG